AUGUGUCCUAAUCCCAUUUGGAUUCAUUUCAAUAAACUUGGUCAAGUAUCAGGCUUUCAGCAACUUCAUGCACAAUGCGAAUGUUGUAAUUAUGAAAUAAAUGCUGCUGUUGAUGCUGUGAUUAUUGAUAUGACUGCUUGGAUGCGUCGAUUUACAAAUGAUUUGAUAUCUCUGUUAACAACCGGCAAACGAACUUAUACAAUACCAUUUCAUUACCAUAAAUUAAAAAACGUAAAAUUAUCAGAGGAAAUGAUAGAUUCGGAGAAAUUUGUUACAUCCUUGAAUGAUUUUGUGUCAGGAAGUGGAAUUCUUGUACUUGUUCCUAAAUAUCUCAGAUUUUUACCUAUUAUUAGAGGUAAAGUGAAGAAAACGAUUGAUAAUCGUGAUUAUUUAUAUGGAAAAUUAAUAGGUAUAAUUAGAGAAAGAAGAAAAGAAAUUGAAGAGGCUAUUAAUGAAAAUAAGAAUACCGAGUUAAGACAUGAUAUGUUGACUUCUUUUAUUACUGCCAACACUCCAUACGACAUCAAUUCAUCAAGACAUGUGGAUCCUGAAUUAUCGAGGCCAAUGACUGACGACGAAAUACGUGCUGAUAUGUUGGACAUAUUUCUAGGUGGCACUGACACAACUUCAAAUACCUUUUCUUUUGUGUUAUAUUAUAUUUCACAUCAUCCAAAUGUUAAAAAAAGAAUGUUGGAAGAGAUCGAAUCAGUUUUAAAGGGUGAUGAAACCAGACCAAUAACAUUAGAAGAUAUUGAGAAAUUGAAAUACUGUGAAGCAAUUAUUAAAGAAACAUCAAGAAUAAGACCUACAGUUAAUAUGAUCGGGAGGUUUGGAACAGAAGCAAAUCCUAUACUACAGACAAAUUGUGGUGAGCAUGAGUGGUCUAGAGAAUACAUUUACCCAAUUUUCAAAGGUGCUUUUACAUUAAAUCGAUUUUGCAGAGUACCAUGUGGAGAAAAUUUACCAGUUAAUGUUAUGGAACAACAAGUAAAACGUGGCCAUCAGAUGGAUAUUUUAUGUAUUGCUGGUACUUAUGAAGUCUUUUGUGGUCAUGUGUGUGGAAAUGCAUCUUACACUGAUUUAACCAAGUUGUCAAAUGAUGAAUUUGACCUAAUACAAGGUUUAAAAGACAUGUUGAGUUAUAUGAUAAAUAAAUUUGAUUCAGAACAAAAUUGA